ACGCCAGACAUCCAGUCAGUUGCCACUUUAGCGUCCAGUCGGACGGCUGUCUUUGCGUCGCUGCUCGGUAAGCUACUUUUGCGUUGGUUGUGUGGUGUUUGUGGUUUCGAUGUUCGUGAGUUCAGUGUAGGCUGAGGUGCCCGCGCAUGUGCAUUUCUGAUGUAGUAGUGCCGGUGGAAUUGGGAUUGAUUGCUGUGUGUGCAGUUGGCUUUGUUGGACUUUAGAUGUGGCAGCAGAUGUGAAGAAUCGUGAAGGAAAGAAGUGCAAACAGAACAAAAACAACGUUGAUCAAAGCUACGAGCGUGAGUCAUCCCGGUGAGGUUUGAAAGUUGUGUACCGUGUUUGUGCUGCUGAACGGAUAUUCUUUGCGGUGCUGGCUGGUUAAUUAGACAUUCGCGUCAGUGCAACUAAAGACACGUGAAAAUUAAAGCAAACAUCCGAUUCCGCACAGACCCUCGCUAAUUUAUUGCGCGUCCAGCGACCAGCAAAUGUCUGCGACCUGUCCCUAAUCCGGCCGAUCCGCACACUAUGGACAUUUCACAGUCUUCAGCGUCCACAUCGCCGUCCCGGCGCAGCAGCAUACCGAUUCCGAAGCGCAAGAGUUCACUCCAUCUCUACAUUGCCAACACAAUCAGCCAGGGUCAGUCGUCGGGAACCAACUCGCAUUCCCCGUCGCCAUCGUCGGCUUCAUCGACCCACGAAGACCAGCAGCAGGGUGGCCACCCGGGCGGACUGGUGGAGGGUUAUACCUUUUCUCCGUCCAAUUCGACUUCGUCCUCCCGAUCUGCUACGGCCAUGAGUAUGCACAGUUCUCUGUAUAUUCCCCGUAGCGGCAGCGGCUACCCUGCGGCGGUUGAAGUUAGUUCCAACGACUAUCUGCAGCUGCGUGAGAAUCACAAUCGGCUGAUCAACAAGUGCGAAGAAAUGGUUAGACGCAACGAAGCUCUCGAAAACACAAAUCAGCUGCUGAAAAAAAGUAUCGGCACUCUUCAAAUCGACGUAAUCGGUCUCAAAAAGGAACGAUCCGAAUUCAUCGAUAAAAACCGAAAAUUAAAGAAAAAGCUAAUUGAAAUUGUCCCUGCUUCUGCGGGGAGUGCAAGCAGCAGUGACGAGGAAAAUUCAGAUAAUGCCGGAGCGAAAUCCUCGAAACCAAUGUCCCCGGUGGAAGGUAAAAGCUCGAAGGAAAGCGAAAUGGACAGUCUGCUGAACGAAAUGGAAAAGCUGAAGUCUUAUCUUAACAAUGUGGAGCUGCAACUGUACGAAGCGAACGAAAAGAUAUCCGAGCUACAAGAGAGUAAGCAACAAGCUGAAGAAACAAACGAAAAGUUGCGUGCGGAGAACACUGAACUCAGCAAAAUCGCGCGACUGAUGUCGGUCAACAUCCUGGAAUCGAUUGAUACAAGCAAACGAUUGGAGAAUUCCUACAUCCAGGUGCGACGAGAACGUGACAACCUGGCGCGUCAAAACCGGGACUCGGUAGACUCGAAAACCGGCCCCAAUGAGGAGAUCCAGAAAAUUCGAUCCGAAAUGGAACUCAAGCGAAAAACGUUUGAGGCACAGUUUAUAGAAUAUAAAUCACUAAUGGAGCAGGAGCUUUCGCGCAACACCAAUGAACAAAUCGUAACACUACAGCUGGAGGUUGAUAGAUUAAAGCAGGAUCUUGCGGAAAUGCUAACCCGUGCCGAGCGCGCCGAGGAUGAAGCACGAGAACUGCGAACCUUGCUUCGUGUCAGUCAGUUGCAAGAACGUCAAUUUUACUCUCAAUUAGAUUUGGACAAGUUGAGCCUCCGAGGUGGAGAUGGUGAUAACGAUUCGUUGCUGUCCGGAAUGAGCGGACUCGUUGGCUCAACGCUGGUGGAUCCAGUCCAAACAGUAGCACCUCCUCCACCGCCACCAGUUCCACCACCUCCUCCUCCGCCGACCUUACUAUUCCCUUUAGCCGGAACGGCAGGAACCGGAACAAGAACAGUGGGACUGAGCGAAGCAAUCUCUAUGCAAAAAUUAAAUCACGUCGGAAUGAAGCAUGCAAACGGCAGACCACAGCAAGCAACAGGUCUAGAUUCCGUGAUUGCCGAUAUCAAGAGUGGCCGCGUGACACUCCGACGGCGCAAACCGAACGUGCUGAGGGAACUAGAGGGCACCACCGGUGGUUCCAGUUCCAACAUUGACCCUGCCGAAUCCGACACCGCUGGUAGCAGUAGGCGAAGUCAGCAGAGCUACAGUCAAUUGGCAGCGAAAAAUCCCGCUCUCCGUGAAAUGUACGAGAUUCUCGAACGCAUGAAGCGACGAAAUCGAAAAUCAAAGAUCAUCUUUGAAUCUGAUUUGGUUCCAGCAGUUGGUAGCGAAGAAAAAGGUUCCACAGGAGUGUUGCAUGCGCGGGAUGAACCGGAAACUGCUGUCAGUGAUACGACGGAUGGGGUGGGGAAAAGUUUUCGAACUGUGAUUACCGGUGUUGUUGAUGUUUAAAUUUAUGAUGUUCAUCAUCGGCACGUAUUUUUAAAAACAUUCUGAACGUGAUUCAGCCUAACAUAUUGCAUUUUUUACUUACUGAUUCUGAUAGAAAAUCUAAAUUUUUUACUUAGCUAAUUUUAGUUUUAUUGAAUAGUUGUUUAGUGUUAAUUAAUAACGAUCGCGAAAAGAAUACCUGAAUUAAUAAUGCGAAGAAAAUCAUAAA